AUUCUAAAGGAGAAAAAAUGUGAGAAGAAAAAAAAUCGUGUGAAUUGUAAAAAUAACAUAGACGAAGUAUUUAAAUAGAGAAAAAAAAGAGUAUAUUUAAAGAGGAUUAAAAAGAAGAAAAUAUUUCCAAGGAGAGAUUAAUUUAUAGAGUGGAAAUUUAUAUUUCCUGCGGAAAAAGAAGAAAAUUGCGACAAAAAAAAUUUUUUAAAUAAAUACUUUUUUUGAAAUUUAACAGAAAACGCAGCUCGAGGCGAGGAGGAAAAAAUUGACAGGGCAAGAAAUAUUGGAAAAAGAGAAUUGCAGACAGAGGAAGAUAUUAAUUUCUGGAAACAAAAAAUCAUUCGUCAUUUCAUGAUUUCUGAGAAGAGAAUAAUACACUUUUAAAAAGGAAUUAAAAAUACUUUCCAGUGGAAAACAAUGAAAAAUAAUUAAAAAUAUACUUUCAAGCGAAAAAAAAAGAAUUGAAAAUUAAAAAAAUAAUUUUAAGCGAAAAAGAGAAUUGAAAAUUAGAAAAUACCUUCAAGUGCGAAAGAUAAAGAAUUAAAAAUUAGAAAAUACCUUCAAGUGCGGAAGAAAGGAUGAAAAAUUAGAAAAUACCUUCAAGUGCGGAAGAAAGGAUGAAAAAUUAGAAAAUACCUUCAAGUGCGGAAAAAAUUACAACUUAGAAAAUACUUUCAAUUGGAAGAAAAAACUUAAAAAAGACACUUUCAAGUUUAAAAAAAGAAUUUGAAAUUAGAAAAUACUUUCAAGUGCGGGACAAAAAUAGAAAAAUACUUUCAAGUGCUAAAAGAAAUUAAAAAAUACUUUCUAGUGAAAAAAAAAAUUAAAAAUACUUUCUAGUAAAAAAAAAAAAAUUAAAAAUACUUCCAAGUGAAAAAGAAUAAAAAUUAGAAAAUACUUUCAAGUGCCAAAUACUCGAAGUAAGAGGGAAAACUAUUUCGAAGCCGUAAAAUAAUUUGUAAUGAAAAUAAAUUGAAAUAAAUGUAAUACCUCCAAAUGAAAAGUAAUUUGAAGUAGAAAUUACUUUGAAGUGAAAAGUGCUUGGAAGUGGAAAUUACUUUUUGAAAUGGAAAUUACUUUGAAAAGGAAAAGCUCAUAGUGGAAAUUCCUUUGAAAUGCAAAAUACUUUCGAGUGAAAAAUAUUUUAAAGUGGAAAUUACUUUGAAAUAGAAAUUACUUUAAAGUGGAAAAUAUUUUAAAGUUAAAAAUACUUUCAAAUAGAAAAUACUUUGAAGUGGAAAUUACUUUUAAUUGCAAAAUACUUUGAAGUGGGAAGUAUUUUGAAGUGGAAAUUACUUUGAAGUGCAAAAUACUUUGAAGUGGAAUACAUUUUCAAGAUAAAAUUACUUUGAAGUGUAAAAUACUUUGUUGAAGUGGAAAUUACUUUGAAAUAGAAAAUACUUUGAAUUUAAAAUUACUUUAAAGUGGAAAUUACUUUAAAUUGCAAAAUACUUCGAAAUAGAAACAAAAAUUACUUUGAAGUGGAAGUUACUUUGGAAUGGAAAAACUUUAAAAUGGAAAGUAUUUUGAAGUGGAAAUUACUUUGAGGAGCAAAAUACUUAUAAGUGGGGAGUACUUUGAAGUGGAAAUUACUUAGAAAUAGAAAAUACUUUAAAAUUAAAAUUACUUUGAAGUGGAAAUUACUUUGAAUUGCAAAAUACUUUGAAUUAGAAACAAAAAUUACUUUGAACUAGAAAAUACUUUAAAGUUGAGAAUACUUUGAAGUGGAAAUUAUUUUUAAUUGCAAAAUACUUUGAAGUGGAAUAUACUUUCAAGAUAAAAUUACUUUGCAAGAGAAAAUACUUUGACUUGGUAAUUACUUUGAAGAGGAAAAACUUUUAAGUGGAAAUUACGUUGAAUUGCAAAAUACUUUUGAAAUAGAAAAUAGUUGAAAGUGGAAGUUACUUUAAAUUGCAAAAUACUUUGAAGUGGAAAUUACUUUAAAGUGCAAAAUACUUUGAAGUGGAAAAUAUUUUUAAGAUAAAACUGCUUUGAAAUAGACAAUACUUUGAAGUUAAAGUUAUUUUGAAGUGGAAAAUACUUUGAAGUGGCAAAUAUUUUCAAGAUUAAUUGAGAAGUAUUUUGAAGUGGGAAUUACUUUGAAGUGAAAAAUACUUUGAAGUGGGAAGUAUUUUGAGGUGGAAAAUACUUUUUAGUGGAAAUUACUUUGAAGUGGAAAAUAUUAAAACAUUGAAGUAAAAAUUACUUUCGAAUAAAAAAAUAAUUUGAAGUGGAAAUUACUUUGGAAUGGAAAAUACUUUGAAGUGGGAAGUACUUUGAAGUGGGAAGUAUUUUGAAGUGAAAAAUAUUUUCAAGAUAAAUUAAGAAGUAUUUUGAAGUGGAAAAUACUUUGAAGUGGCAAAUAUUUUCAAGAUUAAUUGAGAAGUAUUUUGAAGUGGGAAUUACUUUGAAGUGGAAAUUACUUUGAAGUGACAAUUAUUUUGAAGUGGAAAGUACUUUGUAGUGGAAAUUACUUUGAAGUGGAAAAUAUUUUAAAGUAAAAAUUACUUUCGAAUAAAAAAUACUUUGAAGUGGAAAUUACUUUGAAAUUGAAAAUACUUUGAAGUGGGAAGUAUUUUGAAGUGGAAAGUACUUUGAAGUGGAAAAUACUUUGAAGUGGAAAAUAUUCCUUUUUUUAAAACGACUACUAAUUAAUCACACCAUGAACUGUAAAUAUUUUAAUCUCUAAACUAGUAUUUCAGUCUAAUACAGUAUUUCAAGUAUCAAAAAAUACUUUUUCCGUGAGUGCGGGUGUAAAUACAAAAAUCCGUUUGGAAUUUAUUUUUUAAAACCAAAAUGGAGAUAACUUGAAGUGGAAAAUACUGAAAAUUCAUAAAUAUAGCGAUGGUAAAUACUAAAAAGUGUCCUUUAGACUUUUCUUGAAAAUUCAGUAGCUUAAGGUGCAAAAUAAAGAAGAAUUUAAUUAAAUUAAUUAAAAAAUUAAAGUGAAAAAAAAGAUUUCUAAAAAAAGAAAAGAAUUAUAGUAGUGAAUAAUAAUGUUGUUGAAAAUGAAAAUCUAAAAAGUAAAAGUCCUCUUUGAAUGAUGGUAGAGCCGAAAUGUUCGUCGAAUAGUUUUUUGGAUUUGGUGAAUCCAAUAAGCAGCUAUGAGGACUUGAAGACAUUGCACAAGAAGCAUUGCAAGAAGUAUUUUUGCCGCUGCAAACGGCACACGAUUAGCGUAAUUUGCAUAAAUGAGACGCGGAAAUUGUAUUGGUUUAAUUGCAAGAGUGUCGAGGAUAAAGUGAAUAGCGGCAACAGCGGCGUCGGCGAGGGAUAUUACUUCAAAUUGUUGCAAAUAAUAAAUGGCGCGCUGAAUACCUGGGCGCAAAAGUACAUCGAGGGCUUGAGCUUUGCCAGGAAGGAAAUCAUGUUCAAGAUUAAUGGUAGUAGCAAGAAAAAUAUGAAGCUUCUCAAGGAGGGAUUUUACUGUCAUUAUCAUCCGCACAUGUCCACUGAUUCCUGCAAUGCGGAUUUCUUUAAGCGGGUAAUGUCAGAUGAUGACAGAAUGUCAUUGACGACAGCUGUCAGUGACGACGAUGAUGGCGAAAGUGUCAUGAAUUCUCCGUAUCGAGGGAAAACGAUGGGAACCGCGGCCGAUUCUUUCAAUUGCACUGGAGCUGUUCGUAAAGCGGGAUAUCUUAGUGUGAAAAAAUGGCUAUUGAGACGAAAGCAACACAUCGAAUUGGCGAGAGGACGAGGUUGGAGGGGCUAUUGGGUUUGUUUGAAGGGCACAACGCUGCUUUUCUAUCCGUGUGAAUCCCACGAAAGUAGGGCCGUUGAAACGGCGCCGAAGCAUUUGAUUAUUGUUGACGGUGCCAUUAUGCAACCAAUUCCGGAACAUCCGAAACGGGAUUACAUUUUUUGUCUCAGUACGGCAUUCGGCGACGCUUAUCUUUUCCAGGCUCCUUGUCAAGUGGAACUUGAAAACUGGGUGAAUAGCAUUCAUUCAGCUUGUGCCGCUGCUUUCGCCCGUCAUCGGGGCAAAACAGGAACUCUGCACUUGUUACAGGAAGAAAUUUUCCGUUUGGAGAAGUCAAUCGACUCUGACUCGAAACUAAAGCACAUGGCGGAUUUGCAACAAUCGGUUGUUUCGGACGUCGAGACGAAGCAGCAAAUAAAUAAUCAAAUUGUCCAGUGGGAGGAGAAUUUGGAGCGUCUUCAUUGCGAGCAGUUCCGCUUACGAUGCUACAUGGCCAGCUUGCAAAGUGGAGAGUUGCCGAAUCCGAAGAGCCUGCUCACUCAUGUUUCAAGGGCGACAAAGCAGACCCUGAACAAACUUGGUGUCUUCACUGUGUCGUCAUUUCAUGCAUUUAUUUGCGCCAGGAGUCCAUCGUUACUUAAUAAUUUACUGACGGGACGGGGCGCGACGAAACGAAGACCACCAAUUUUGUCGAGGAGCAACAGCGCCUCCAGUAGACGAUCAUUGCAAAUUUCACGCGACGAGGAGAAAACGGUCAAAGUCACUAUACCCGAAAAUCAGACUGUUUCAGUUUAUUUACGUGACGCAAUGACGGUGGAGGAAUUUUUGGCGAGCGCCUGCAGCAGAAAGGGAUUAAAUGCCAUGGAACAUUUUGUCCGCGUGAAAAAGCGACGCGACAUGGAGGAUCAUAAUUACUUUGUCCCUCACAGAACUGAUCCAAUCGAAACUUACCUUCACACACACGAAAUUGUGGAAGUUUGUGCGAAAAUUCUCUAUCAAGUUGAACUCCAGAGGAAUACACUGGAUCAAAUGUGGGGAUUCUCAGUGGAGGCUGAGCUUAUAGAAAAUUCUGAUCGUCAAGACGAGCUUUGCUGUUACGUCAGUCGUGUCGAGGAUAAAAGUGUCGCUAUGCAUAACGGAAUAAUAAAAGGCGACGAAAUAAUGGUAAUUAAUGGAGCAAUUGUGAGCGAUUUGGAUAUGAUGUAUUUGGAGAGUGUUCUGCAAGAGGAAUUGGCCCUUUGCAUGAUGAUGCGCUCAUCGAGAACGGAACCUCCCGAUCUCACGGGAAUGAUGAGGGUCACUGACGAUAUUGAAAGUCUCGUGUGUCCUCCGCCACCCACUGAUCCUCCGGUCAUCAGCGAUGAAAUGAUUUCCGGUCUGAUUGUUCCGGCUCCCGGAUGGAGUAAAGAAAAUAUCGUUCAGGAAUGCACGAAUUCGAGUCAAGGGGGCACGCGGAAACCAACGUCGAGGACAAAUUCCUUCGAGAUUGAGAAUUUAUUGAAAACAGCGGAACAAGUGACGGGCAUUUGCCGAUCGCCGGGCGAAACACGAAAAUCAAGUCCAACCGGAAGUGUCGUUAGUUCGCAUUCUCAAGCAAUGACGCCAAGUCGACAAUUGAGCGAUGCGGAGAAAUUGAAGAAAGUCAUUUUAGAAUUGGUCGAGACUGAAAGGACAUAUGUGAAGAACUUAAAUAAUUUACUGGAAAACUAUUUGGAGCCAUUGAAGAGGGAAACAUUCUUGUCGAAUGCCGAGAUUAAUGCACUCUUUGGCAAUAUUCAGGAAAUUGUCACAUUCCAACGGCAGUUCUUGCAAAAUCUCGAUCACGCAAUCGAAAUUGAGGCGGACUUUAACAACUUUGAGCAUCCCAGUCAAUUUAAGGGUGUCCUGUUUUCCAUUGGAAGUGCCUUCUUAUAUUAUGUAAAUCACUUCAAGCUUUACAGCUCGUUUUGCGCGAGUCAUUCGAAGGCUCAAAAAGUUUUACAUCCGAAUGAAGGAAAUCAAGCUCUUCAAGAAUUUCUACAAGCUCGAAAUCCAAGACAGCAACAUUCAUCGACUCUGGAAUCGUAUUUAAUUAAACCGAUUCAGAGAAUUUUAAAAUACCCCCUACUUUUGCAACAAUUAAGGAAUUUAACGGACGAACGCAGCGAUGAACACAGACAUUUGAUUGAGGCUCUGAAGGGAAUGGAAAAAGUUGCCGAACACAUCAACGAAAUGCAAAGAAUUCACGAAGAAUAUGGAGCAAUUUUCGAUCAUCUCUUUAGACAACAUCAAAAAUCCUGCAAGCAGCCAAUUGACCUGAGUCCAGGAGAUUUACUUUAUUACGGAGGCGUCGAGUGGCUGAAUAUUUCCGAUUUCCUUGGGAAAAUUAAAAAAGGCCUCGAACUUCAUGCGAUGUGUUUCGUUUUUAAGUCUGCGGUGGUUUUCCUCUGCAAGGAAAGACUGAGGCAAAAGAAGAAGUUAAUGGGCGUAUCAACGAAAGCGAAUGCGAGCGAAGUGGAGAUAAUUCGCUAUCAAGUCUUAAUUCCGGUGACGGAAGUUCAAGUUCGAGCGAGUUCCGCAAAAGACAUGGAGUCGCACUUCCUCUGGGAAUUGAUUCACCUGAGGAGUCAAUUGCAAAGGCGCUCGGAGAAAGUCUACGUUCUGUCUAAUAGCACGACGGAAUUUAGAAACGCGUUUUUGAAGACAAUUCGCCAGAUAAUAAGAGAGUCGGUGAGGAAUAUGAGUAUACCGUCAACGAAGCCGCACUUGACACAACCGCCAAUGACAAUUGGACCGCGAAUGUCGACUGGACACGUGGAGAAAUUUGACAAGAGUCAACUUCAAGGGCAAAAUGGAACAAUUAUUGCCAUCACAACCGGGACGUUGUCGAAGAAGAAAAUGUCGGGAAACUCCCAUCACGUCAGGAGGAAAUACAGUCAAUCGAGGGCCGCCGAUCGCGAGAGCGUCGAGGAUAAGGAGGCCGAGGACAAUGUGAAUUCCGCUCAACAACAGACGUUCCGCUCAAGGAGCAAAACGAUCAGCGAUACUUCUGAAAAUGCAUUUGCAGGUGAAGUGAAAGUUGAAAUGGACUCCGGAACCAAGUCCGAGGGCGAGGAGGACUCGCAGGCUUACGCGGCGGAGAAAAAGGCAAAUUUGGGACGGACGCCUAAUCAUUUAACUUUGAGUACUACCUCAACUAUUUCCGCUGGAAGUACCGGAAGUCAAGCGCGACUUAUUCAGUCAUCCCAUCAGCCGGAAAAUUAUCAACCCGCUACUGUCAAGGAACUCGGUUCGCCAAUUUGGAAGCCACGAGAAUUGCCCUCGCUGGGCGAAGCAACAACUUUGCCGCGAAAGGGAAAAUCGAACAGCGAAUUUGCUGACAUGAGUUCGACGCACAGCGCCUCUAGAAAGUCACUCGUAGAAAUCAACAAUUGUGCUCAACAAUCCAACUUUAAUAAUCACGUCUAAGUUUAAAUAAUCGAUUUCUUAAAAUUACUUAUUAAAUAUUAAACAAAACAAAAAAAAAAGGAAAAACAAUUAAUAUAUAAUUAUAUAAUCAAGAGGAACCUCGAUCUGCUUAAAUGCAGGGAAUUAUCAACGUAAAUCCUAAAUUUAAACAAAACAACCAAAAAAAGAAAAGAGAAAAAAACUGUAAAGAAAAAAAAAGAAAUUUAACAGAGGACUUGAAGAAAAAAGUGGAUGUGUUGUUGGCUGUUCGAGCUAAACGAAUUUUUCUCAUUUCGUCCGGAAAAACUCAUUUUUGGCAAAUGAUCAUUUUUUGUAAGUAUGUUUUUUUUUAAUUUUGAAUGUCAAAAAAAAAAUUGUCUCUCUAGAUUUCUUUCACGGGUGGAAUUUUUUUCUUAAUUCGAUUCUUCUUCUUUCCUUUCUUUUUUUUCUUUGGAUUUUUUUUCUUUUCGGAAAAAGAGAAAAUCGUUUUCCGAAGAAAAACUAAAUUUAUUAAAUUUGCAAAAAAGAAAAAUAUAAUGAAAGGAAAGAAUUGAAAAAAAAUCAGAAGGAAAAAGAAACGAAGUGAGAAAGAAAUUGAAAAAAGGGAAAAAUUUGUCUACAGGGAAAAUAGAUUUCUUUGCCCCUUGAAAAAUUUUUCAUGCUUUUAAAAAUAAAGCAAGAAAAAAAAUUAAUUUAAUUUAAUUAAUUGGUUUAUAAUUUUAAUAUUUUAAUUAAUUAAUUUCUAAUUUUCAAAUUUAACAAAUUUAAUAAAUUUUGUUACUUUUUGUUUGAAAGGAAUUUCGCCGACGCGGAUUGAGAAAAAGAAAAAAAUAUCGAGCUUUCUUUGCAAUUUUUUACCGACUAGUGAUUUCCCUUUUUUCUCGUCUCAAAGAAAAUUUUAUCAAAUCCUCAAAAAAAAAAAAAUAAACAAAUAAAUAAAGCAAAAAAAGAGAAAAGAAAGAAAUCUAAAAAAAUUCAAAAUUCAAAAUGUAAUUUUUACAACAAAUUUUUCUAUUUUAAAACCUUUGUUUCUCUUUCAUAUUUUUUAUUCCUUUUGAAAUUUUUCAAGAUUUCUUUCUUUUUCUCGUCGAUAAAAUCUAGUUUCUCCUCUAAACGUAUUAAAAAAGAGAAAAAGAGAGAGAGAGGGAAAGAAAGAUAGUUAGAUAGAUAGUUAAAUUAGAACGAAGAAAAAAAAGAGAGAAAUGCGGAAAAGAAAAAAAAAGAAAAUAGGAGAGAGAAUGAGAGAAUGAAUGGUGUAGUAGACAAAAAAAAGAGAGAAAAAAAAUUAAUUAAUUAAUCGCUAUCACAAAAAAAAUAAAAUUGAAAUCGUAAUUCCUGUACUUUUUCGGAAAAAUUAUAAUAUUCUUUAGGAUUUGAAUACUAUCAUCUUUAUAAAACAGAAAAUUUAAAUUCCUUUAGCGCGAAGAGCAACGGAAAAUAAUCAAGUUUGUAUAUAUAAUGAAAUUUUUAUCCAUUUUGGGAAUUUUUUCGGGAAAAGAAUUUUUUUCAACUUUACACGGGAAAAUUUUAAUAUUUAAUCACAACGUUUUUUUUUAAUUAUAAA